AUGAGCCAUUAUUUUCACAUCUCACCUGUAGCGUUUCAGGCUUGUGGUGAGAAAGUUUAUAAACUCGCAAAUGGGUUACGUGUGGUAGUCCAAGAGGAUGGAAGUAUCCCUACGGGGUGUUUAGAAGCUUCCGAAACAGUAAAAGCAAUCGAAUAA